AUGCUCUUACUCCCAGCUACGUUACAUCUUCAUCAAAUUUUAUUUACUGCCACGUUUCAAUUUAUCAUCUUUAUUACGCAAAUUUUACCAUCAAUUCAAAAUGUUAACAAUAUCUCGGAACUAAACAGUUCAUCAUCGCCAACGCCACCACCACCACCAGUGGCAGUAAAAUUUGGUGAAAAAGAUGAAGUGCACGAUACAGCGCAUAUCAGACAACAUUUGAAACAGAAAGUGGACAUCGACAAAAUAUCAUUGAACAAGAAUUUGGAAAUUUUUCACUACUUCCGAAUGCAUGAUUUAAACGAAGACGGCAGAAUUGACGGCCUCGAGCUUAUUAAAGCAAUAACUCAUUUACAUGAUGAAAUAAAUGAGAAUACAAAAAGAACAAUUUCUGAUGCAGAUCUAGAAGAUAUGGUAUCAGAAACAUUAAAAAAAUUGGAUAUCGAUGACGAUGGUUACAUAACAUAUGCUGAAUAUAGGCAAGUCGAUCGAAAUUAA